AUGCACUGUCAUAUUUUACCAUUAGUCAUUGAAUGUCUCUCAAACAAUAGAAAGUCUUUGCACUCUUGUAUUCAAGUUAGCAGAGUAUGGUGUCGAGCAGCUAUUCCAGUACUUUGGUCUAAUCCUUUUCGCUGCGUAGAUAAAGAUAAUAUUCCUGAAAUUAUUUUUAUUUACUUGGGUAGCCUUGAAAAAAGUGAAAAAGAAAAAUUUUUAUCAAAAAUUCCUGCAAAUAAAAAAUAUCUUUUCAAUACUCCAACUUUUGAUUAUGUUAAAUUCUUGAAACAUUUUAAUUACUGGAUGCUCGUUAGUUCUAUUAAAGAAGCUGCAAGAAAUUUGGAUGAACUUGAUAAAGUUAAAUUACUUUAUACCUCACCUGAUUCAACUACUCAAUUAUUUUAUUUUAAUGAUAAUCCACCAUUGGAAGGAAUUCUUAAAUCUUAUGUAAUGAAGCUUAUUUAUGAUCGAUCUAAAAGAUUGAAUUAUUUUACUUUCGCUGAUUAUUAUGGAAUUGGUCAUUUUCUUGAAGAGAAAGAUUAUAAUCAAUUUAAGCGCAUUAGAAAUGGUUAUUUCUUGAAAUCGAUCAAAAAAUUGAGCUUUUGGAUUGACGAUAGAUCUUUUUAUAAGGUAUUUUCUUGGAUCCCUGAUUUUUGUCCUAAUGUGAAACAUCUGAAAUUUCGAUUAACAGCUAUUAGUGAUUCCGAUUCAAAUACCAUAACAAAAGCUCUUUCUAAAUUUAAAGAUCUCCGUACAUUUAAACUUAAAGUGAACCAUCGAAGGUUGAAAAAAAUGCCAUCAAUCGCUAAUCAUAUUCAUUCUUUAACUACAAUUGUACUUCGUAAUUGUGAUCUUAAGAAUGGUAAUUUUAUUCAAGAAAUUGCUCAAUUUAUGGGGGAUUAUUGUAAAGAAAUUGUGGAAUGGGCUAAAAGUAUUAGUCCUCAACUUUACGAUGAUAUUAAUGAUAAUCUUGAGGAAGAUAAAGAAGCUGCUGCUUGA